AUGCAGAGUUUCAAACAUCUCAUUAUCGAGGCAUCGUGGAAUUAACACGGCGAUAGUUUAAAGGAGUUUAAAGUAAUACAUACGAGCGGCUUUUUCGGCAGGAAAGGCAAUUUUUCAAAACACAAGAGACUGACAAGAGACAAAUGGCCUGCACGUUGCGAGCUCUGUUUACUUAUGCCCUUUUGAUUGUUUGCUGAUCCUGAAAUUAGGCCCAUAAGUUGAUCAAGAGUUGACGAAAGAAACAUUAGCAGGCUUAAGGAGCAGUCGGACAUAACGAAAAUGUUAUUCAUUUCAUUUCAUCAUUACCAUCGUCGCCCGCAGCUGUUAUUGCCGCUGUGCAGUGCUGUCUCCAAAAAGUAGAACAAGUGAAAGAGAAGUAGACGGCUUUGUCUGACACAUUCUAUCGGCGAUGUCUUGUAGAAACAGGUCUGGAGCAGAUGAACGCAUUGUUUGUCAGCUGCUUCCCUGUAGCCAACGGCUCCGCUGGUGAGAGGAAGUGAACUGAGAACGCACGAGCAGACACAGCACUGGACCUCAAUUUAUGUUUUAGGUGUCAUGUCGGCUGCUGUCGCUAAGCAUUGCUUCAGAUGGCUAGCUCCCAGUACGAAACAGAGUGUGUCUACGCCCCGUCUCGAAUCUCGAUUAUCACGUGGCCCCAAGCUGGGUAAGCAAACACAUUGUAUCAACGUGGGAACACACUGCUCAGAAGACUGGUCCAAGCUGGUGUCGUCUGCUAGUGUUUGAUUGACUAGUUUGUGUUGUUUGGCUGUCGGUCGUACUUGGUUUGGCGUUUGUCUGUGCAGUGUCUGGCGGAAUUGUCGUUCGAUUUACAAACGCUCAGAUAUCGAGGUUCUAGGAAUUUUUGUGCGCUUGCCUGCUACGUGAAGCCAGUUGCAGACGCGCGACGAUGAGGGGAGCGAUGCGUGGUCGGAUGAUGGGUGGUCCUCGACCUUUCUUCAAGAAGCAAUUCAUUCCACACAUUCCUUUUGAUCUGUAUCUGACAGGUCCAGUUCUGCAAAAUGUUUCUGCACCGUGGGAUGAUUCCGAAUUGUCUGCAGCACUGAUCAAGAAAAAUCAAGAGCUUACCCCUACGGACACAGAACAUCAAACGUUACUUAAUCUUGUAACAAAACUACAAACUGUUCUUGAUCAAAUCACAGUGGACCCGCGAGGAUUCGAUGCUUGUGCAAUCGAAGAGGUACGACAAGUGGGAUCAUACAGAAAGGGUACUAUGAUUGCUGGACACAAUGUUGCGGAUUUUGUCAUCCUGUUAAAAACGUUGCCCACUGAGGAAGCUGUGAUGAGACUCGGUCAAAAGGUCCUCGAGGAUCUUCGAGCGACAGACGCCAACUUGAAGGUCGUUUUAACUAAAGAUCCGUGCGGAUUCACUAUAAACUCCCAAAACAACACCUCAGCAUGCAGAUGUCUAAUUACGACGCUUCCUCCAAACAUCCGAAAGUUGGAAGCGGAUUUACAUCUUCCUCAACGACUGGUCGUGAAUAAUUUGGCUGCAUUACGUCAUUCACGGUGGUUCGAGGACAAUGGCCAGAAUCAACCGGGCGUAAAAACCUUGAUUCGACUAAUAAGAGACUUGCGCAAUAGGUUUGAAGGGCUCCUCCCGCUGAAUCCCUGGAUGGUCGAUCUACUUUGCCACUACUCGAUGAUGAAUACGCCCGAUGGCCAACCUCUUCAACUGGCCGAUGGUUUUAAGCGGGCUCUUCAACUUCUUGCCUGCGGACUUUUUACACCAGGCUCCUGUGGUAUUCAGGACCCAUGUGAGGCUAAUGUUAUUCGUGUGCAUACUGCUAUGACUGUAGAAGAACAGGACAUUGUAUGCAUGACUGCACAAAAUCUUGUGCGACAUCUUCUCAAUGGGAAUUUUGCACCGUUGCUUGGCCAUGGCAAGAAAAAUGAAGCGAUUGAGAGGGAUGCGUGCGUUGUCAACGGAGUCGUUAUCAAUCCCCUUGGGACAGCCUAUGAAAAGCCGCCCGAGCGAGGCGCUGAAGAAGAUUUACUGGAAGGCAGUGACGGAGAACAAGCUGAAGAUGUGGAAGGAAUGCAGACGGAAUAGAGGAAACAUUAAUCAAUACUCGUGCAUGAAAAUUCAUUUUUUAAGCUGCUGAUUAAUCAACGAUGUGCAUGCUAAAUGAACUAGAAUCGAGUAGCCAAGGUUCUCAUAGGCCUGCUUAUAAACUAUGUUUCGUAUGUACACAAAAAACAUAAAAACGAGCCUAGCCACUAAAAAUGCCGAGGGUGACAGGUAGUGAUACAGAAUUCGAUGUAGCGCAAAGAGGGAACAAUCCAAAAAAACAUUGAGGAUUCUCCUGUAGUAGAGAAAACGUCAGUAUUUUGCAAAUAUACCAGCUGUCGGUCUGCACUCCAGAAGUAGCAGACAAGCUUACUUACAUGUUUCACAAUGCCUGCCGCAGCUAAUAAUAUAGGUUUUGUCGUAUAUUAAGAAUUUUUUUCAUCGUGUAUGAAUCUGUAAAAAUGCUCUCAGUUUUCGUAUUUGAUACGUCCUAGCACCACCGAAACAAGUAAACGACUAGGUUCACGGAGCAAAUCUGGUCGGGAUGCUUUUGGAAGGCUAAUAGAGGCCGAUUUAUAUGCCUGUUUACUAUUUUUGAAUGCCGCAGUGGCAUGCUAAUGGCUAAAGUGAGUGGAGAAGAACGAUGAAGUGAUUAUCUUUAAUUUCUUGAGAUAACAAGGCCAACAAAGAUUUAGUUGGAUUAAUUAUAUCUUAUGCUGAGAACACGAACUCGCAAUCUGAAUAUAGAAUUAGUUAGCGAAAUGUAAAAACUUAUCUGACCACAAUGCGGACAUAUAUUGGCAAAUAAUUCAACGGGAAAUGAAGAUAGGUGUAUAUUAUUUCGUCUUACUUUUGUUUUCAAUAUUUAAGUUAUAACUGCUAAAGGUUUUGAGAAGGGAAAACUAUGAAUCCUGCCGGUAGCUGACAUACGCUGUAAACAACUAAUUAUUAAUUAAUGGAGAAUGUCGCUUCAGAAAGUCGUCUGUCGUCUUACAGUGUAAACAUAUUGCUCAUAGGUAAUGGCCUGAAUUCAGCACUGAAUAGUACCAUUGGGAAAUAAGGUUCUGUAUAAGCGAGUAGUGGGAAAAAACAAGGAGGUGAAACAAAAGUAUUUUCAACUCAAACACCUCAUGGUGUUUUAAAAAAACUUGUCCCUUGACAAAGUGGCAGAUUAGCCGGAAUAAAUGACAGGAAAACGUUGCACUUUAUCGGUUUCUGAUAUUUACUUCACAAACAAUUCCGUAAAUUGUAACUGAUAUGAUAUAUAUUUUAUUAUCUCGAAUAUACAGAUGAGAUUUUUUUAUUUCGAUGUUAAAAGAUAAUUUAAUCUAUGCUUAAUUCAUAUGAAGUUCAAAUUGUUUUUGUCGUAAGGGAACUUAAGAAAUGAUUUAUUGCUCCAGAAAAGCUUCUGCAAAAAAGUGAGAACGGUAUGAUGAUCAACUUACAUUUACAGUAUAUCGUUUUGUAAUGUCAGGGAAAUGUAUAAUAAACAAAGUAAAGAUCACAUGUAAUGUCUCAAUCGUCUUAUCUUUAUUGUUUUCUUUAUUCGGUGUAAAGAUCGUUUCAUUAUUCUUAUUUUAGUAUUUUUUUUAUUGAAAAAGCAAUUAAGGCUGUUCAACAGUGAUGCUAAAAGUUAGCUGAAAGUAUCUACCGAUUUUCCCACAAUUAUUAUUAUUAUUAAUAAUAUCCAAAACAUAGCCUUCUACUGUAGCCUAUUUUGGCUAAAUUAAACUCGCCAAUAAAAUGGGAAAUAAAUAUAGCCAGGUUGAAGCCAACAUUAAAUAUUCCUGUUGCUUAAUUCAGAAAACAAUUGAAGCAUGACGAUGAGGUCUAACGUCGUCGUCAAAUUUAUAAGCCUCUUGAGGAACUCAAGACAGCAAGCUGCAUCGAUAGUUUAAUUUUCCGUGCAACUUGUAGUACCGGAUGCUUCUCGUGUCCGUUGCAUGUACUACCAUAAUCUUAUGUCCAAAUCUAUCCGACACUGCGAUCGAACUAGAUUUCUCUCUAAGACAAGGCUGUUUUGUCGCCUACCUCCUAUCCAACUGGUAGUAGAGAUUGAGCCAUAUUUCGUCUUUAUAGCGAUCGUAUGCUGCAGGCGUGUUUUUUGUUAAUUCGUUAUCGAGCAUUUUCCACCGAGUUAAAGUCAAUUUUCUGGAAGCCCAUUAUUUUAGUCAUAUUUUCAAGGAUGAAGGAAGUUAUGCUUAUAUUCCUGGUUGUGUUUAUCAUUAAUCUUGA